AAUGACGUCAUAUUUUUAUCAUUGUUUUCCUCACGUUUACGCAUUACACGAAAAACAUCACUAAAAUUUCAUUGUAACUCGAUCUUGUGCUUGAAAAAUUAGUAGUUCCACUUUAUUAUUUUCACGGAAAUAUAAAUUCUAUUGUUGGAACCUAUUCUGGCUUCAAACCAAAAUUAUAGUGUCGGAGAAAUGGAGAACAAUCAAGUCUCGACGGCAUCUGCCCCUGAAGAUCUUCCGCCACCUUAUUCUGCAGUGGUUGGUAAUCCACAUUAUGGAUUCGUGGCCCCUGCGGGUGAGCCUCACGCUCAGCCUAUCCCACCGGGGCCAUACGCACAACCGCCCCUAAAACAAUUCACCGCUCCCGGAGUCUACCCCCAUCCGCAUUCGCCUACCGUAGUGACCAGCACGCAGCCGCAAAUGAGUGGCAUUCCUCCACCACCGCCCGGCGUGCCCAUCGGAGUCGUCUUGUCUCCGGCAGUAGGCACCGAGCCCACCACGGUUACGUGCUUCAACUGCAACAAAGUUGUCACAACCAGAGUCACAUACACGACAGCUUGGCACACUCAUUUGGUUGCUGGUUCAGUUUGCGUGAUCACAAUGUUUUGCUCUCUGUGCUGCUUGGGCCUUGUUCCGUACUGCUUUGAUACAUUCAAGGAUGCUGAACAUUACUGCCCUAACUGCAACACUUUUAUUGGAAAAAGUAACAAGUGUUAAGCCAGUUAGAUCUAAUAGAAAAGGGUGCAACUACGAAGGUUCGACCUACUGUAUGGCCUGAUAUGUAAAAUGCCUUAAAUACAUAAGGCAUUGCUAAUGUGAUGGUUUAUAUGAUAAAAAUAUACUAUUUCAUAAUUCUUGUUGUGUAAGAUGCAACUAUUUAUGUCCAAAGGCUUUCUAGUUUUGGUAACUUUUUUUUGUUUAUUUGAAAUAGGUAUUCUACCUUUUCAAAAGUAUUUACUUUACUAGGCUUGUAAACCUAAGUACUAUUUGUAAUGAAACACUAUCUAUAAAAUUUUCAAUGAUUGUAUCUAGGAUAAUUUAUUUAUUAUGUUAUUUAUACAUAACUUCCUAAAUAAAUAUUUAAAAUGCAAAAUUAAUGUCAUUUUAGUAAAUUAAUAUGUAUUAUUACUGACUGACUGUUUUUGCAUUGUUUCAAUAAGCAUACAUACAUUCCCACUGAAAUAUAUUUUUUCACAUUAUCCAACAUGUUUUUUCUGCCUAUUUACUUACAUUUUUAUAACAUCUUCAGAUUAAUAUACUAAUUACUAUGACUUCAUUUAACAUCAUGCCUCAUGCAUUCCUUUACCUUUAAAUGCUGUUAAAUUCAUUCUUUAUUAACAAAACAAUCAUAUUACAUAUAUUUUUUUAAGUGGUGCAAUGGUCAUUUCAGUUACACCACUUCCUGUUGCCUUUGAUGGUAAGGCUGACUAUUUUAUAUGUAUUCUAAAGAAGGUUUAGCUUACAACAGCAACAGUACCGAGUCGAAAAUGAUAACAAAUGUAAAUAAGUAAAGCCAAAUUUCUUUAUUUAAACAAUGGUUUUAUUAUUAUAGUUCAUAUGAACAAAAGUACCUACUUCUAUUUAUCUGUUAGACACUUAUCAAAAAGUGAUAACAAGAAAAUACCAAUGGUGACUAAGUGAUAAGAGAUAACAACUCGCUGUUUAUCAUCAAGCACAUAAGCAAUAUUAUGUAGUCAACAGUUCACAAAUUCACCUCUGUUCAAAAUGGAUUCAAAUCCAAGAGAUGUGACAAUAAAUAGUGGUAAUCAUAGUGUGCCAAGCUAUGCUUCUCCUGCAGAAAUAAUUAUUGAGUCAGAAACAGUUAAUUACAGCCGGGAACCCCCUCCACCUUACACAGUAACCAAUGAACCUACUGCAAACCAGCAACCUGUGUUGCAACAGACUAUUAUAGUGCAAGCGCCACUCAAAGACAGGCCAGUGCUUUACAAUUGUGGAAUCUGUAAAGAAAACUCUUUGACAAAAGUGGAAUAUGUAAACACACAGAAGACACACAUGUUUGCUGGCUUUAUUUGCGGUUGCACUCUGUGGUGUAUGAUGUGUUGUUUGGGAGCAAUACCUUACUUACUACCAACAUUCAAGAGAACCAAACAUUACUGCCCCAAGUGCAACAAUUUUCUUGGAGACUACUCCAGAUUUUAAUUACACAACAAAAUUAAUAAUAAUUGUAAUAUUUUCUGUAUUGAACAAUAAAAAUUCAUUUACUUUA